GCCUAUUGCCUAUUCUUUCGUCUCCACGAUCCUCCUUGAACACAAAGCACCCAUGUAACUUUUCAAAGUCAUACGUUUUUGUGGAAGUAUAAUCCUUGAAAUUUAUAGAAAAAUAAUCUAUUAUUUAAUUAUCGAAUGAUAUUAACACUAUAAUUUUUCGCCUAUCUAGAAUUUCAUUUGGCUAGUCAUCUCGUGGUGAUGGAGUGGAAAAUAGAGUGGUUGAGUUGAGUCUUGAGCUUGAGUCACUUGAGUGGUGAUCUCUUGACUUCAGAUUUUGAUUUCAUGUUUUGUGUCUAAGGCACACUAGUCUAGUAGUUAUUUAUUAUUGAGCGAAAAGUGCCAACUCUCUGUUAUUCAUUUUUAUUUUUUAUUGUUCAAUGACUAUUCUACAGCUGCCCCUGUUAUUAUAUUGUCUCUGGGUCAUUGAAACCACAUCAUGAGCUUCAGAAGUAACCAAGAUCUACAGAAUGUCUUCAAAUAAGAGGAAUGGUGGUUGUGCUAUGUGCUAUGAUCCCUGAUGUUGACGUUCACAUUCACUGACGAUCUCUGUCAACAUGGCUGCACUCUUUGAUCCUUAUGACAGGUCAAGCUGGUACUUUGGCCAAAUGUCUCGGCAGGAUGCUACCGACCUUCUCAUGGGGGAGAGAGAGGGAGGGGUAUUCCUUGUGAGAGAUAGUGCCACAAUACAUGGAGACUACGUCCUUUGUGUUAGGGAGGACAGUAAAGUGAGUCAUUAUAUAAUAAAUAAGGUUCAGCAGAGUGACCAAACAAGGUACCGCAUUGGAGAUCAGACUUUCAACGAUCUUCCCAGUUUGCUAGCCUUCUACAAACUGCAUUACCUCGACACUACACCGUUGAUAAGGCCUGCCCCUCGUAGAGUCGAAAAAGUUAUAGCUAAAUAUGACUUUGAAGGAAGUGACCAGGACGAUCUGCCAUUCAGAAAAGGUGAUAUAUUAACGGUCGUAUCCAAGGAUGAAGAUCAGUGGUGGACAGCGCGCAAUGUCAUGGGCAAGCAAGGUUCCAUACCAGUGCCAUAUGUUCAGAGGUAUGAUCACCACAGCCACCACCACGGUCAGCAGCAGCCGCCAUUUGCAAGGGACUCGCAUUCACAACCUGAGCAGCCAGCCAUUCGCAGGCCAAACAUGCAGAGAAAGCUGCCUGCAUAUGCUCGAGUUAAGCAAUGUAGAGUUCCAAAUGCUUAUGACGAAACAGCGCUCAAAUUAGAAGUAGGAGAUAUUAUCAAGGUAACAAAGAUGAAUAUUAACGGUCAGUGGGAUGGAGAGCUGAAUGGCAAAGUUGGACAUUUUCCUUUUACUCAUGUUGAGUUCGUUGACAACGACUGUGCUUCAGCAGAAAAUAGCUAAAUGUACAAAUAUUUCAUACCAUAAAUAAUUAUUCUAUAAGUUCAUUUUUUUCAAAUUCAAGGGAAAUAAUAAUAUUUCAUCAAUGUUCAAACUUAGUAAAUUGCUAUCCUGAUAAUUGUAAUGAAACGUUAAUUCCUCUUUAUCUGGACUUACUACUGUUACUGCAGAAUUCAUUGAGUUGUACUAAUAUUCGUGAUUAAUCAGCUCUGAAUUUUCUCAUUAUGCUAUUGUAAAUUCUUUAAUAUGUGGAGUGUGUAAAGUAAAGAAGAAUGCAUGUUCGGUUCUAUUUAUUUGUCUUAUUUUUAUCGUGUCGAUUUUCAUUUCGAUGAAAGAGUAAAAUGAAGUGUAAUUUUAUAGUCUAGCCAAAUUUAUAAUGUAUAGUCAAACAUUUUUGUAAAAUAUGUUUAUAAAGAAAUGACUGAAGGCUUUUGCCAUCGAUUUGUGUCUGAGAUUGUAAAAAAUAUAAAAUCUACGAAUGAAAUUUAGGAAUGAAUCAGUGCCAAGAAGCACAAUCUUAGUAAGUAGUCAACAUAAUUAAGCCUUAGAUUGAAUAAUUUAUAAAAUUUUAGAUCAAUCAAUCCAUUAAUAUGACGCCUAAAUAUUAUAUUGGAUUUGUAAUUAUAAUCAAUGCGAUAAUACUAAACAAUUCCAUGUUGGUGUUCAUGGAUAUCAUAGCAUCGAAUGCAUAGCGAGUCUCUGUAUGAUAUGGAGAAUUUAUUUUACCGAAUAAAUCCGAAACUAGGUCCAGUAUGUACUUUUUUCUGAAAUAAUAUCAGUGCCGUAUUAUUGUGAUAUUCAACUAAAAUUACAAUAACUCAUCUACUGUAAUUGAAGUAUUUCCUUUUUUGAAUGACUAAAUUAAAAAAGUAAUUAUUUCCACACAAAUCCAUCCAGUUUCCCGGAAUUCUAUGUAGUCAGCUCUGGCCUUUUUCAAAAGUAAUAAAUUAUUCAUAGCUGUAGGAUAUUAUAUAAUAUGUACGGUAUUUACUUGUCUUAUCCACUGAAGACUAAAAGCCUUGAAACCCCUUGAGGUAUCAAAGUUUUAAUGUAGUGUACAUUAUUAUAAGUGUGCUGCCUUUUGAUUUGUUUUUGGUAUAUAAAUCUUUGAUAGGAUAAAGUUAUUUAUGUGUGGUAAAUAAUUUAUGUAUACUUCAUUUAAGCCUUGAACUUAAAAACUAGUAUUUAACUAUGUAUUGCUACUAUUGAAUUACAUGUGUCAGGAUGUACAUAAACAUCUGAUGUUUUUUCUACUGUGGUUACGUAAAGGAACUUGCCAAGGAAUCAUCCAAUUUUUUAAUGACAAUAACUUAUUCAUUUCGUAAUUCUCAUCAAUUUAGCGUUAUUUUUGAGUAUUUGAACUUGUCAAUCACUUCCUUAAAUACUAUUUUCAUCAAUUAUUUUAAUAUUUACGUUUGCAAUUACCAAAUAUUCAGUAAAUUUGGAUUUUGCCAAUAGCAAUACAUUACUAUUUUCAUGUUAAAUAAGUAUUUGAACUCUUCAUUCAUAUUAAGUAGUCUGCUUCUGUUGUAUUUUUCUUUUUUAUCGAUAGCUUGUUUAUUGAUCAUGUUAUUAAAAGUGAUCUUCAUUUGAAUGCAAUAUCGUUCGAGUAAAGGCAGAUGUAUACUGUAUUUAUCAAGCAAUGUAUCGAAAAACAAUGUUCAAAUAAGUAAUUAUCUGUCUUUCAUCCAAUAUUUUCCAAUUACCGCACAGUAUAGGGCUUAGGUUGAUCUCAUAAUUUGUCUUGAGUUUACAACUCAUUUUGAGCACCGUUCUUUGAAUUGGAAUUAAUUCCAUUUUCUUCCAGGUUUUAUAAUUUACUGUCGUUGAUAUCAGACUUACAACGGGUUGAACAUCAGAACAUCCAAUAGUACAUGCUCAAUUAGCUUUGGGCUGUUUCAUAACUAAUACUUGCACAAGCUUUUGUAAUAGUAAGUACUUGAACUAAGUCUCUGUUUGUAGUUUGAUAUGGAGCAUUUGCUUUUACUUCUAAAAUAUGGAGCAUUUGCUACAAUUUCUAUGAAUAAACGUGAGCAAAACCUUUUGCUCAUGCUCAUCAAAAAAAUAGUUUGAGCAUUUGCUCAAAAGUAAAAUCUUAUACUCAAAAUUGUAUGAUUAAACUAGAGCAUCUACUAAACUUUUGAAGCAAAUGCUUCAAAAAAGGUGAGUCUAGUCUAGAGCAGCUUAUCACCUUUUGCUCAUAGUAAAAUGGCUCAACUAAUUCGUAUGAGGAAGAGGAAACUAUACCAGAUACUACUACAACCAAUAGUUGAGAACUAUAAAACUUUUUAGAUUCAACCAUGAUAUUAUAUAUCACCAUUAUUCCUACAAAAGAAUAAAUACAAAAGAUAGCCAUCACAAAAUAGGAAAUAAGCAUUCAAGAAGAUGAGAGUGUAGACGAUUAUAAGAAGGCUAUUAAUAUUAUAAGAAUAUGCUGAAGAUUAUUGAAGAGAUGCCAUUUUUCCACGCUAUUGUUUCAAAAUUCUAAACUCAAUUAACCUAAAACUCUAUUCAUAAAUAAAAAACAGAGCAGACGACGCAAACACAUGCGGUGCCCCCUACUUGCAUAUUUAGCGCUUCCGUGAGCUAUAAAAACAAAGUAAGGCCACAAAGGCGAAUCAGCUGAUGAAAAAUCUUCAAAAUACCUGAGCAUUUGCUCCAGAGUUCAGGAGCAUAAGGUGAAGCUUAUUUAUAUAAAAAUGAGCAAAUGCUUUUGCCUCUACCUUUUGCUCAUGAGCAAAACCUUAUGCUCCAUGCUCUUGCUCAUGAGCAUUUGCUCUGAUUUUAUUCAUAUGGGCCAUUGUCUGUGUAUCACAAAGCAAUUAAUAAUAUAUAAUAUUCAAAAUUAAACAUUAGUUUCAAUAAAGUAGUUAGUAAUCGGAAUAUUCCUUCUUUUAAGUGUUUGAGUAAACCUAUAUAAAUUGAAAAUGAACUGGAAGGAGAACUGUAAGUGAAACCGAUUGAGAUAUGCAAUGGUGGAAACCUAAUAUUAAUGUAUAUUAAUAUUAAUGCACUUUCAUUGGAACAUAAUAAUAAAUAAUCCUCUUAUACUGAAUGUAUUUUAUAAUAAUGUUGGGAAUGUUCUAUCAUAUGAGCUUUGUUUUCAUUAGGUAGUCAAUACAAAAAAUAAAAUUCAAUGUCCCGUAGUCUGUAAAAAUGUCUAGUAGCUUUUCAACAAAAAAAACGUAAGAAAUAUUUAUUGAGACUCAUCAUUCAACUUAUUGACAUUUGUCAACUUUGUCCAUUUCAUAUACGGUAACACUCAUGUGAUUUGUACUGUUUUAACACUUGAAGUGUUUCACUUUAAUAUUUCAUUAUAGUUAACAAAGUGAUAGUCAAGAGUAAAUUACUUCCAUUUAGUUUAUACCUAGCCAAUUAUUGUGCAUUAUAACACAAGGCUUCUAUUCAAAUAGUUUUGAUAAGCCAGGCUUUUUAUUAAUUCUCAUAUAGAUUUUAUUUUAGAAGUACGAUGAAUAUUAAAUAAAAUGAGCAAUCAGUUUUGAAAGAUAAAUAUUUUUUGAAUACAACAUAAUUGAAUCAAUUGUAAAUGUUGUAAGGCCGUGAAUUUGCAUUAUCACUGAGCGAAAUGUCCUUGCAUUAAAUUCUAUAUAGUAUAUCUGUUUCAUGCAAGUUUAUGGUAUAGGUGAAAAUUAUUCUGUGACAAUGUUGUAAUUAGUCUCAAUACUUAAUACUGUAAAACUUCAAGAUAAAGUUUUGAAAAUCGUAUGGAACUACAGUUGAACCUCGCUCAAAUUCCUGAAUAUUUUUAUAUCAACAAACAUUUGAAGUACGAUAGGCCUACUGUUGUAUCUAGAACCUCGAUUUAUUAAAUUCGUUGAUAACCCAAUAUUUUUCUGGUUCGGAUUUUAUUUAUCGAGUCUCAUUGUACAAGAUGAAGAAGAAUAAUAUACUGUAUAAUGUUGAGAUAUUUUUGAAUUUGAAACUGGUUCAGCUGAGGUGGAAGCACGUUAAAGGAUAUUUUAUCGCAUUUUACAUUGAGUUGUGUUCAAUAUCUGAUUUUAAUGAUUCAUUGUAAUCUAUUACUAUCGUCUGCCUGGCCAUUGAAAUAUAAGUUCAUUUUGGACAGCUUCAUUGUUGAAGAAGAUUUACUGCUUCAUCGCUUUGGUUAUUCGGAAAUAUUCAAAUUAUUUUUUUAUUUAAAUAUUAGAUUAUACAACAGUUUUAUAAUGAGGGUCUUUAAUGCACGAGUUAGAUGUAAUGUUAAGACACAAGGGAGCGAGCAUAGCGAGCGCACGCAUGUCAAACAUCUCACGAGUGCUUUAAGACAAUAUAAAACUAUUGUAUACACUAUUUUAUAUACGAUCUUUCAAGCAAACUAUCACAUUUCUGACUUGUUACAAAAUAAAUAAAUACAAGGUUAGAAAUCAACCAACUAGCCUAUAUGGUAAAAAGUAAACAAUAGGUAGAAAGCUAAUCAGAGAGAGUGAACAAUGAACUUGAAAUACUGUAAACAUGACGAAUUGAAAACUUGACAAACUGAAAACAUGACUUACUGAAAACUUGCUAAAAUGAGAACUUAAUGAACAGAAAACUUGAAUAACUGAAAAAUUUACAAAAUGAGAACUCGAAAUACUGAAAACUUGACGUAAUGGAAACUUGAUAAAAAGAUCUUGUCGAAUUGAAAACUGGUCAAACUGAAUACUUGAAUAAGUGAAAACUUGAUAAACUGAAAAUUGCUGCUAGCAUCAGAAACCGUGUUUUAAUGUUGAUGCCACCAUCCCGUGUUAUAAUGUUCAAGUCGUUGCAUAAAGUUCUUAUUAUUGGCCUAAUAUAGUUAAGAAAAUGCAUUGCGAAAAGACCCCUGUUAUGGGAUUGAUUGUGAUGUUGUAAUGUUUACAUUAUAAUAUGGUCGUGGAUAAAAUACAUUAUGAAUAUAGCAUUGUCAUUUUUGUUUCAUCUGAAACUUUUGCUACUCUAAUAAAGUUUCACGUUUUGAUGUUUACAACAAUAAUUCGUCUGAUAUUAUUGUAUAUUAUAUAACAAUAAUUAAAUAUCGUAAGAUCCUUCAAACACCUUUCAAUAAUAAAUGAAACAACUCGUGACAUUAAUAUAAAUUUUGUGCCAUCCAUAUCAUUAGAAUUCUCUAGUUUUCAAUCAAGUGCAUUUGGAUUAAUUUUUCGUUAAUUUAAUUAAUCUUCCUUCCAUGUUAUGAUGUUAAUAAUGCUGUAUGAGGUUGAAAUAAUAACAUACUAUGUAAUACUUGUGACGUUUCAGAUGUUAAUGAGCUGCGCUCAAUAAUUAUUGUAUCUUCAUUUGAUUAAAGUACAUUGAUUGAUUCA